AUGGGAGAAAGUCGUACUCAAUUACUGGAAGAAUAUUCUCCUUACAUAAACAUUUUAUCUAAAGGUUUGCUUUCGCAAAUUGCCAGUUGUGUCUUAGAUUCAAUGGAAUAUAUUUCACCUCUAAAACUUCCUCAAGGAUAUUCGGGAAUGUUUCGUAAUCUUUACCAAGCAAAAUCAAAACAAGAGCAGAAACUCUCGAAAGCUCUUGACAAUGUGGAAGAAUUGGCAAUUACAGCAAUUUCAAAAUAG